AACGUAGGAUUAACUUGUGUCUUAUUGUAAAUAGGUUUCGAACAGAAUCAUUGUAACCUUGUUAUCGUUUAGCAUAAGCACGUCGUUGAUCCAUACUUGGUACAGUCCAAUGUCCUUCGCUUAGAGAAGGAAGACCUGAAGGCUACUGUUUGGUGUUAACAUAAGGAACCAUGGUCAAAUUCGCAUUACCAACCAGUGUGAAUUGGGCACACAUAUUGGUUCCCAUGGGCUUUGUGAUUGGAUGGUACCUUGACAAACAACAGGACCAGAAGCUGACAGCAUUCAGAAACAAGAGUGCACUGUACAAGAGAGAGUUGAAACCUGGCGAGGAGGUGACCUGGAAGUAGACGCUUCACUGCUUCUAAAGUUCCAUCGGUUUAAGUGUGAAUGAAUAAUGAUGAGUGGCCCUCAAGCUGUAGUGUUGAAGGAGACUGAUGUACACCUUAUUUUGAGUUGUAUCAACUAAAAUAAAUAAAAAUGUCUGUUCUCAAGAA